CUCUCAGCUGCCAUCAGCACAGGAAUAACAAAGGCAGGAGCAGCUGUGUCCGUGACAGCCUGAGACAACCAUCAUCCGAGAAAGAGUCACAUAUAUAUGUCAAGGAACAGUAACCUUGAGAGAGAAGAGAGAGUCUUCACAUGGACAAGACAGCAAAACACAGUUGUUCCUAAAGAGGCAUCCAUCAGCUGAGAGACAUCGAAUGGCAUUUAUUGACAACUGCCACCUGAGAUAGAAAUCCUGAGACGGUCAUCAGCUGACAGCUAUAGCCUGAGACAUCCAGUGAUAGAUGCCGCUUGAGAUAUUCUUUUAUUAAGACACGCUUUUCUAUUCUACACCUGCCUGCCCUUCCCAAGCUCCAUCCCUCUCUCCUACAGACUGUGACAGCAGCAACCUAAGUCCCUCAGUCAUUCCCCCACCCUCAAACCUCCUAUCCCCCACCCUCAUUUCUCCUGUUCCCCUUUCAUUUCUGCACAUUCUCAGUCAUCCUCCUCCCCCAUUUGUGUUUGUGAUUGGACGUUUUCCUUUUGUCUGACAAUCCAUUCUAAAUUUGUCUGUACAUGGUCAUCACUAAUCUGUUUAUCUAUCUCUACAAGCAGAUACACUUAUUCUAUACAGGCAAUCAACAAAUAAAAUAAGCAUAUACACACAGCACUAAUUUAAACUCACAGAGACACAUAUAUAUUCCAACACUAUACACAUACCUUAAGGCCAUUAUUUCUGUCUCAUUGUGACAGCUUUUACUGCACACAGCCAGAAGAUGGGACAGUGAACUCCCAGCAUGCCCGUGUAUGUGAUGACAGCUCUGCUGGUUCGGGGGGCAUCGGACCCCCAACCCUGAGGCAUUGGCCAGGUGAUUUACCACCUCAGCACAAAUGGAUAUUAAGGGACACAACUGGGCUGAAGAAGACUCUGAUGGGGAAAACGAAUGUGGAGAGUUCCUUUAUGGAGUCCAGGGCACGUGCUGUGCUGAUCUGUACAGACACCCUCAGCUAGAUUCAGAUAUUGAAGCUGUUAAGGAAAUAUACAAUGAAAAUGCUGUAUCUGUAAGAGAGUAUGGGACCAUAGAUGACGCUGACAUUGACUUGCACAUUAACAUUGGCUUUCUGGAUGAAGAAGUGGCCACUGCCUGGAAAGUGAUCCGCACAGAGCCCAUAGUUCUACGUCUGCGCUUUUCCCUCUCUCAGUACCUGGAUGGCCCUGAGCCCACCAUUGAUGUCUUUCAACCAUCAAACAGAGAUGACUUUGGACUGGGGAUUCAGUUAAAGAAGAUCCUGUCCCUCUUCUCCUCUCAUCAGUGGCGGUAUCUCAGUAAUGAGGUUUUACGCUCACAGCAGGAGAGAAGGCUGCGGUGGCUCAGAGUUAGUGGUAGUAUUAAAAGAUUUCGAGCUGGACUCAGCAUCUUCUCCCCAGUACCCAAGUCGCCUAGUUUCCCUGGAGUUCAGGACUCAACGAUCCGGAGUAGCCUCACAGGAUCAGAUCUCAGAAGUGGUCUUGCUGGGACAGACCUCCGUACCACCCGUCUUAUGAAUAGAUCAGUGUCCUGUACUCUAAGAAACCCAAAGCUGGAACUAUAUGGAAGUCAUACCACUACCACACAGGUCAGUGGGCACUGCAAGACAGUACCUACUCUGGAGUAUGGAUUUUUGGUGCAGAUAAUGAAGUAUGCAGAACAGCGUCUCCCCACUCUGAAUGAAUACUGUGUAGUAUGUGAUGAACAGCAUGUCUUCCAGAAUGCAUCCAUGCUCAAGCCAGCAGUGUGUACUAGAGAGCUCUGUGUUUUCUCAUUUUACACUCUGGGUGUGAUGUCUGGGGCAGCUGAAGAAGUGGCCACGGGAGCUGAGGUAGUGGGUCUACUGGUAGCAAUGUGUCGAGCUGCCCUGGAGUCACCACGCAAAAGUAUUAUAUUUGAGCCAUACCCUUCGGUAGUGGAUCCCAAUGACCCCAAAACAUUGGCCUUUAACCCUAAGAAGAAGAAUUAUGAACGUCUCCAGAAAGCCUUAGACAGUGUCAUGUCAAUCCGAGAGAUGACCCAGGGGUCAUAUCUGGAAAUCAAGAAACAGAUGGACCGCCUUGACCCAUUGGCCCACCCCCUACUUCAAUGGAUAAUUUCCAGUAACAGAUCCCACAUAGUAAAAUUGCCCUUGAGCAGGCAGCUGAAGUUCAUGCACACCUCUCAUCAGUUUUUGCUGCUCAGUAGUCCCCCAGCCAAGGAGGCCCGAUUUCGAACUGCCAAGAAACUCUACGGAAGCACAUUUGCCUUUCACGGCUCUCAUAUUGAGAACUGGCACUCUAUUUUGCGGAAUGGGCUGGUAAACGCAUCCUACACCAAACUGCAGUUACAUGGAGCAGCAUAUGGGAAAGGUAUCUACCUAAGUCCCAUCUCCAGUAUAUCCUUUGGAUACUCAGGUAUGGGAAAAGGGCAACAUCGGAUGCCAUCAAAGGAUGAGCUGGUGCAGAGAUAUAACCGGAUGAACACCAUCCCUCAGACUCGAUGUCUCCAGUCUCGUUUCUUGCAGAGUCGGAAUCUCAACUGCAUUGCACUGUGUGAAGUAAUAACAUCAAAGGAUCUACAGAAGCAUGGGAAUAUUUGGGUGUGCCCAGUGUCUGACCACGUCUGCACCCGCUUCUUCUUUGUGUAUGAAGAUGGCCAGGUGGGGGAUGCCAAUAUUAACACUCAGGACCCCAAAAUCCAGAAGGAGAUCAUGCGAGUGAUUGGGACCCAAGUUUACAGUGGAUGAGGGAAGAUAACCUCAGGAUUACAGCCUCAACAAUAGGGAGUGGUCUGUCCUCUCUAGGACUAAGAACAUGGGGCAUUCUGUCAAAGGCUUCACAUAUAGAAGAUUGGGGCUCAUCUGUGUGACCAGAAAGACCCUCUCUGAUGUGGAGAUAAGGGUCCUGCACUGAUCAGGUUCUCCAGGAUACUGUAAUGUAUCAUUCUGUGUGGAGAUGUUACAGCCCUUGGACAAUUCCUUAACUAUAUUGACUUUGCCCUGUGUCAGCGCUAUUCCCUUCCCAUACUUUAUCCCACCUCUGAAUACUUCUCAUUUACAACUCUUUGUUUAACAAAAAAAAAAUGUAAAAAAAUAAUAAAUAUGAAGAUUUUA